GGAGUUGCGCAAGCGCAAUUGGUCCUCAUUUUCGGAUCACCUUCGGAUGCCUGCAAGGGUGCGUACUGCUGUCUGUAAUUAGAAUAGAAACUCAUAAUUCUUUCAAUUAAAAACAUUUAUUAAAAAUGGAAGAUAAAGGUGAAACUUAUUAUAAACCUCAUGAGGAACUAACGGGGUGUCAGAAAUUCAAAAGAAUGUUUUGGAAUUCGGACACUCAAGAAUGUCUGGGACGAACUGGAUUAAGUUGGUUCAAAAUCACUUUGUUCUACAUUAUAUUCUAUGCCUGUUUGGCGGCAUUCUGGACGUGCAUGUUAGUUGUAUUCUACCAAACAUUAGAGAAUGAUCAACCAAAAUGGAAAUUAGACAGCAGUAGAAUAGGCAACAGUCCUGGUUUAGGAUUCAGACCAUCACCACCUAAUGCCAACAUUGACAGCACCCUCAUCUGGUUUAAUGCCACUCGAAAUGAAACUACCGAUUAUUGGGUUCAAAAUAUCAAUGAGUACUUAAAACCUUACUUUGAACGUGAUACUGGGGGAAUUGUUCAAACUUGCACAACAGAGCAUGCCACAAAAGAGAAAUCUUGCCAUUUUGAAGUCAAAACUGGAAAAGAAUACCCUUGCUCCCCAGAGCGACAGUAUGGCUAUCCAGAAGGCAAACCAUGCGUUAUUGUUAAACUCAAUAGGAUUUAUGAUUGGAUUCCAGAUACAUAUGACACACCACCAGCUGAUUUGGCUAAGCAUUUAACAAAAGAAUUUGCUAAGGACCAAGUAUACAUCACAUGCCUUGGAGAAAAUUCAGCAGAUAAAGAUAACAUUGGAGAAGUUGAAUACCACCCCAGCCAGGGUAUUUCAUCCGUUUAUUUUCCCUUUAUGAAUCAGCAAGUCUAUAACUCACCUUUUGUGUUUGCGCAAUUCAGCCACAUCAACCGUGGCGUGCUCGUCAACAUUGAGUGCCGUGCCUGGGCUAAGAACAUCAAUUUUGACAGAGGAGACAGAUUAGGAAGUGUUCAUUUUGAACUACUAGUUGAUUAAGAUAUAAGAAAAAAAAACACAGAUAAAUUAAAAACAUCUGAGACCUGCAGCAUGUUAAUAUUUGUCACUCUUUCACUACAAUUUUCUGCAUUUUAUCAUUGAGUUUUAGUACUUUAUUUUUGUGUUCGUAGAAUUGAUCUGAAUGGAAAUUGUAUCUCGCUACCCCCUGUUUAAACAUGUGUGACAUCAAAGAUCUGGUUGAUAAAAAGAGCACAGCUGAAAGCACAUAUUUGUAAGCUUAAUUAUAGUGUGUUAUGUGUAAAGAAAAAAAUAAAAUAAGUAUAUUAUAUGGUAUUAUAAAUCUUUUAUAGAAUAAAGUAUUUAUAAAAUACGAUGCCAAAUGUUCUCUGUGGCAUUUCUUUCAACCCUUUGUAAUUUAUCAUGUGCGUUGACUAUUGGAUUUUAGUAGAAAAUAAGCGAUGUAUUACAUUGCAUUAUAUUUCUCAUCAGUGCAUUAGUAAUAGUUUAGGUAUUUGUGUGAUUAGUGCAAUAGAUGAAAUAGUUAACACAUGUGUAUUCUUCCUUUCUGUUGAGCAGUGGUCGGCAGUUUAAAAGAUUGCUUUAAUUAAAUGCUGAAUUUAGUAAUAAAUAACUUCAUGUAUCAUUACUUGCAUUUCAUGUAUUUAUCAUUUUAACAUGUCAACUUAAUAUGCAUUUUUAUAUGACUUAAGGAUGGACCACUGGUAUAAUAGUCAUUAAACAGUUGUGUUUAAAACUUUGUGAGACUGAUCUGUAUUUCUUUGUGUUUAGAAUAGCAUGUCGUGUAAAUUUAAUCAUUUGUUUUUCUUUUUUUAUUUGCUUUGUCAAAUUUUGUUGCGUAAAUACACAUAUCAUUAACAUUGUUGAAUCUAUUAUAGUUUAAAUUUUAAUGUUAUCAGUGAUGUUUUCAUAUUUUAAAAUUGUUUUCAGAUAUUAUGUUUAGUUGAAAUAUAUUUGUCCUGGGCAUGUUUUUUAACUUUUAAAUAUUUUCCUCUGCCAUCUAUAAUGUGUUUUUAAAAUAUAAGAGAAACCUAUUUAAGUGCUAUUUUUUGUGCAUGCAUUUAGUGGUUUGGAUUUACUAAUACGCAAGCAUCCCGAACUGUCAGAAAUUGUGAUAUUGAUGCUACAAAAUGCUAUUGUAAGUCAAAAUGAACAAAAUUAGUAUUUCUCUAAAAUUAGUAGUGGUUCCUUCGUAAUUAAAGGACUGCUUAUAAUGAAAUAAAGUUAUGGUGUUGAUUGAACAUUUAAAAAAAAUGGCAUUUUAUUAGUUUACGUCAAUACAGCUGCACUGCAAUAACUGUAAAAGUUAAUAAAAUAUGGAAUUAAAAAUAAUUUGUUUCAAAAAAUUAUAACUUCUUGUAAUAUUUUCUAAUUUACAAUGGUUGAUACAAAUUUCAAAAUAACAUUUGGUAUCUGGCAAUGUUUUUAUUUUAUUUUUUGUAAAUAUGAAAAGAUAAAUAUGAAAAUUGAGCAAUGUAAAAUAUAGGGAAAACAAAUUAUGCUGUUACUUAAACUUUUGAAUAAUACAUAUAUAUAUUUUUUUUGCACAAAAAUUGUUCUUUUUUUUUUCAAAGAAAAGAAAAAUCCCUCAUCUCCUUGUAUUUUAAAGCACUUCCAACUAAUUUGUUCUGUAUUUUAUUCUGAAAAAUAUUUAUGCGGGUUUUACUUUUUGUCAUUCUAUGGUGCUGACAUACUGAUUGCACAUCAUUUCUUUUUUUACUAAAGAAAUUUUUUACAUUUUUUAUUACCAUUAAAGUUAAAUAUGGAACUACGCUUAUUUUGUCCCUGUGCUUUUUUUCUCCAAUUAAUUCACUAUUACUCUAAGGUUGUCCAAUUAUGAAUAUUUUAAUUCAAGUUAUUAAGCACCUGUAAUUAUUAAUUUAUAUUACCAAUUAAUGUUUAAAUUUUAUGCAUGUUUUUUAUUAAUGAUCUGAAAAUCUUAAUUUUAUUCUUGAAUUAUAAGUACAGUUUUUAGGGGCCUAUCAUUAUUUGAAUUGUUAAAAGUACUGUUAUAAUGUUAUAUGUUUGAUUUGAGCACAAAAUUGCGAAAAGCUGGUUGUUUAUUUUUUAUUUACAUAACAUUAUUGGAAAUGUUGCAUAUAUUAUGUAUUUAGAAAGAAAUAAAGUUUUGAACCUAC